AUGGCUUCUAGGUCUGAUGUUUCUAUAAAGAGAAAAGUUAUGAAGCCAUCGGAAGCAAUUCCAAACGUGCCUACCUGCAAGGCAGCUUGGACUCCAGAAGAAGACUCAAAACUAGCUCAGGCUAUUGCGCUUCAUGGAGCUCAAAGGUGGAAGUUCAUAGCAGCCAGAGCAGGUCUUAAUAGGAGUAGCAAGAGUUGCAGGCUAAGAUGGUUGAAUUAUCUGAGGCCUAACAUUAAGAGAGGGAACAUAUCAGAGGAAGAAGAAGACUUGAUAAUUCGCCUUCAUAAACUCCUCGGAAACAGGUGGUCCUUAAUUGCGGGAAGAUUACCAGGAAGAACAGAUAAUGAAAUAAAAAACUACUGGAACUCUCAUUUGUGCAAGAAGGUGAAGCCAAGUGAUGUAUUGCGCCCAGAUAAAAGAGAAGAUAAACAAGAAGAGAUCAUAAUGGUGGUGGAAGAAGAUAAUUCAAAUAUUGACUCAUCAAAGCUCCAUUUUGAUUAUGUGGAUGAUGAUGAGUUCUUUAAUUUCUCCGAAGAAGAGGGCUCCCUCAAUCUGGAAUGGCUCAGGGAACUCCUUCAAUCCAACUAG